CCACAUAGGUCAAGAAUUACCACACAUUAUAAAAGCGUUACUCCAACUGUGUCUGUCAUUAUUACGACAGUUUCAGAAUUAACUGCUACUAUAAUAAAUCCUAGUUGUGCAAAGUACGUACUAAAACAACAGCAAAUAUGAACACUCUUUUGGGAGAAAUUGCCACCCUCAAUGAUGUUCUGUACCCAGUCUACAGAGUGGCCUUCAAGUUUAGGAAGCUGCAGAAAGCCUUCCUCUUGGAUCAUAUUGAAGUGGCCACACUGCAAGAAGCCCUCCACCAGUCUGGUAUCCAUAGCCUGGGGCGCUCCGAUCCCGUCCCCCUGAGCCAACUACGCAGCUUCAUCACAGAGCUAUACUCGUGCCUCAAGGUGCAGAAGCCCUCGUUGGGAGCCAACAAGCUACAGCAGGCUCAGGAGCUCUUCUUUAACUGGUGUCAGAUGGUUUAUCUCACCUCCACUGGAGGCUAUAUUGGAAGUGGUUCUCUCAAGAUACUCAUCUGUCUGUUGUCUGGGACCAAGCCCUUCGACAAGGCGAGAAUUAUAUUCAGUAUGCUGUCCACCCAGAGUGGCACUGUGGAGCCAUCUGGAAUAGCCUACUUCUGUGAGGCCACUCAGCAGAUCGGAGACAGUAUGCAAGAGAACCUGUACAUAAAGUGGAGCGUGGACGAUAUUUUCCGCGACUGUUUGGCAGCUGUUCGUUCGGCAGAAGACAUUGAAGAUGAGGAGGAGCUUGAUGGUGUUGUUAGGAGGCCGUGGUUGUCUCAGUUUGAGUUCACAAAGAUGUUCACUGCUGCACAAGCGCCAAAGUUCCUAGCCUGGGUGACACUCUACCACAAACUGCCCUCUUUGGAGAAUGAAGUGCAUUCUGUGAGAUGCUGUGACUGCACACGCAAGCCAAUCAUAGCCAUGAGGUAUCAAUGCACCCAGUGCCCCAACUACAACCUUUGCCAGAUGUGCUUCCUGAAAGGACGAACGAGUGAUAAGCAUCUGGAGUCUCACCAGGUGCUCGAGCACACCACAGGGGGCAAAGGUCACAAGGGAUGGCGUCAGCGGCUUAUGGGUUCCAAGCAUCAGGAGGGUGUUCCAUUCACUGAGAGCAAAGAGGCAUUCGUGUACUCACCAAGAACCUCCAGGCCUAGCACUCCAGCCCAUGAGCACAUUGACUCUCCUAUGAGCUCCAUCACUCACAUGCUGAGCCAUACUCAACAGAAUAGUGGACAGAAGUUGAACACCAUUCCUCGUACCCACCUCCCUGCAAUGAUACGCAUCAGCAGUGACGAGGCACCCUCCAAGACCACUCAAUCACGACCAACCUCUCAGCUAGUCAACGGCAAAUCUGCCGGCAAGCCGAUGAAAGCAUUCAAAGAUAGCUCCUCGAAACGAACCAGUUUGAGCAGCUCCGGGGGUUCACCUGACUCUGCCUCUAGCGGGGGAAAGUUCAGCUUUGAUAAUGGAAGUGAUAUGGUGUGGCGGAAAUCGUCGCUAGGCAACCUAUCGAACAGCACCACGGGUUCGGAUACCCACUCAUCACCUACUCAUGACCCGGUGGUGGGGAGGAGCUCUAGAAAGUCAAGUGCUGGCUCAGAGGAACUCACGGAAGUUAACAGACGUCUGAGCAUAGAGGUGGAUCAGCUUCUUAGUCAACUACCUCCUGCCUCGACUCAGCCCAAGCUCAAACUGGGCCCUAGCAGCGUCUCCAAGCUGCAGCUGGAACAGAGGGCACUGAAGGGCCAGGUCAACUCUCUCUCUGGGCGUAGGGGAAAACUGUCCGGGGAACUCAACGGUCUCCUCUCACAGCUUCAGAGGAUACAAGUAGAGGGUAGCAACCCAAGCCUGGAUCCUACCUCCUACAUGAUGUCUUCUCACUCCCGCUGUGACUCUGCUCCCAUUGACCCGUACACUCGUAUCGGAUCAACUACGCCCCCUUCCCCACCUACACUCCGAAUCAAGUCCCCCGAGAUCCACAAGUCGCUGAGCAAGCUCCAUGGGUCCCAGCACCUCCUUGAUCCUCUGGUGGACUUUACACCUGAGCAGUUGAACAUGGUGUCUCCUGAGAGUCACCGAAUGUCUGUGGCUUGGUGAAUACACAUUUUGACUAACAUUAUAGUACUUUGCUAUAAUCAAAAAAAAGAAAUUUUAUUCACUUGUGUUUUUGUUCAUUGACAUGCAAUUUUGUUCAAUUGCCGACUACAUUUAUAAUUUCUGCAUUUUUUUUUAUUAUUGAUCAAUUAAUGUUAUAACGUUAUAUAAUGCUUUAUAUUAAUUAUUAUAUUAUUAUUAUCAGUUACAAUUUAAA